AUGGGCUCAGCCGCAGUAGGAGUCUCUUCUGGAGUAGCAGUAGCAGUAGGAGCUUCUUCUAGAAUGGCAGCAGUAGCAAUCGGAUCAACUUCAGUUCCGGUAGCAGCAGGAGUGGCGACUGGUGUUUUGGUCGUCAUAGAUGGCAUGCUGGGUAACUUAGCCUUGAGGGAUGAUAUAAGACCAGGCAUGAUGAAGUAG